AUGCAUCUUGUGAGAGAAGUAGCAGAAAAGUAUGGCAGCCAUACAGCAGAUGUGCUGCAGCGGUUUCAAAGAACAUCAAUCAAGCUAGCGAAAUCUAGCAACCACAUCAAGUUCCUACUGAAUUGCCGGAAAUGCAAGGUUAUACCAGUGUGCCUAAACUACAAGGUGCACGUCAACCUGGAAAAUGAAGAAUCGUACCGACAAAUGGAGAAAGUGUUAACCAAGCAAAAAAUCCGAUUAAUCAGUGAGUUGAUAGCCGAUGGCAAGAGAACGGUAGCAAGAACAAAGAAAGCAAAAACCGAUCUUAGAAACACUCUGGAGCGACUGUUAGAGCGAGAGGACUUCGUGCGCGCUAAGAAAAUGGUGGAAGACAAAACUGUGAGAGUUUACGCGACCACGAAGGAUAAAGAAAUCAAGAAACUUGAGUGCCUUAAGAGAAAGAGAGUCGCGGAACUGAGCUACGAGGCGGAAUGGGUGGAAAACACGACUGAAGCAGCGAUACCAGACUACCUGGAACGAACAUUGAUGCUUGGGCCGAACUACAACGUACCGAACCGAGGAAAUUUUCCAUACAUCGAGACAGUUGCCGAAAUCGACAGAGCAAUCAAGAACAAAGACAACGUUGAGGAAAUCCGAGCGGAGGUAGCAACUGCGAUGUCCAACUUCAUCAACUACAACAACCAACCCCGCCAUCACCAACAAGAAUGGAUCGCGAAAGAUGUAGGAAGAAGCAGAAAAUUUCUCAAAGAACAUCCGAACAUACUACUGACCAAGGCUGACAAGGGCAACAAGACAGUGAUAUUGUCGUCGGAGGAAUACGAAGAAAAAAUGGAAGGCAUGCUUCAAGAUGCCGAGACCUACGAGAAAAUUCGCUUCGACCCAACAGCAAGGAUCGCGAGAAAGAUUAAGUCGAUUUUGGAUGGAUGGAAAGAUAGACGGUACAUCGACAGCCGGACCCCCCCUCGUAUAUACGGACUACCUAAAAUCCACAAACAAGGUAGACCGUUGCGCCCGGUGGUAUCGACCAUUGGGUCCACAACAUACAAACUAGCCCAAUAUCUAUCAGACAUCCUUGGGAAAAUUGUUGGAAAAACUGAAGCUCAUGUCGUCAACAGCUUCACUUUCGCCUCCGAGGUAUCAGGGACACAGAUCAGUGAGGAUGAAACAAUGUUCUCGCUUGACGUCACAUCGCUGUAUACCAACGUGCCGGUAGACUACGCGUUAGAGUGUAUAGACCGACGAUGGGAAGAGAUAGAAGAUCACACACCAAUCGACAAGAGCAGCUUCGUCGCGGCGGUUAAGCUGGUGCUGGAAUCCACUUUCUUCGCAUACAGAGGAACAUUCUACAAACAGAACUUCGGCGUCCCGAUGGGCUCCCCACUUUCACCAGUCGUUGCAAACCUGGUUAUGGAGCGCCUAGAACAGGAAAGCAUGAGGAAGCUGGAGAACAAACAAAUAACGAUGAAAGUAUACCGACGCUACGUAGAUGAUUGCUUCUGUAUCGCCAAACACGAACACAUUGAAACAAUAGUAGAAACUUUCAAUGAAUUUCAUGAAAAAUUGCAAUUCACGGUUGAAAGGGAGGAGAACCGGAAACUCAAAUUCCUGGACAUGACACUGCACAAGCAGAAUGGAAAAAUCGUGAAAGUGUGGACGCCGAAACAAGCCAAUGGAAGGUACUUGGACUUCAACUCGGAAAGCCCGUUCCAACAUAAGCGCAAUACGGCAAUAGCGCUAAUAGACAGAGCAAUCAAAUUAACGGAUGCAGAGGAAAGACACAACACGAUUAACAUAGUAAAACAAAUUCUCCGGAAGAACCACUACCCAACUUGGUUUGUUGCGAAAAUGCUAAAAUACAGAACAGAUCGACACUACAACAGCCUACAAGAAAGGGAGGAGAAAAAGGAGACAAAGUACGUGUCAACGCCGUAUAUCCCGGGUCUAAGCGAGAAGUUGUCAAAGCUUCUCAACAAACACGGCAUAAGUUUGGCAUACCAGACCCGAGACAAAAUAAAAAACACCGUCUUCAGCCGACUAAAGGAUCCCAUCCCGAAACAAAAAACGAAAAAUGUUGUGUAUGCCGUCCCUUGCGGCACAAAUGACGGAAAGGUCUACGUGGGACAAACCGGAAGAAUGCUCGAAACCAGAAUCAACGAACACAGGACGAACAUAAGGAAAAAGGAAGCCAAGACGGGAUUAACGCAACACCAUAUCGACGAAGGACACAAUUUCAAUUUCAACAAAACGGAGAUUUUGGAAAAAAUCGAAAACCAGGCGAGCAGAACGAUAGCAGAGGCCUUCCACAUCAAGCUGCUAGGCGAAGCACGAACAGUGAACAUGCAGCGCGAAUGUGGAGGGAUCGACUCGGCUUACAACGGCCUAGUGUGCAAACUUCGGAGCCGAACCAUACGCACACACCAACAACAAACGAACGACCCCGAAAACGAUCAACACGAAGUAGCAGAACACAACACAUAG